GGAGACGACAUACUCAUCUGAAAAGUACAGUCCUUUGAUUUGGAGGUACACAACAAUACACAAACAAUCAUCAUGAAAGUUUUGGUAGCUAUCGCUUGUUUCGUCGCUGUUGCAUCAGCUGGUUACUACCCACUAGUUGGACCAAACGGUGUUCCACUAGAACCCGCAGAAAAUGUGGCUGCCCGAGCUGCACAUGCUGCUGCUCAUUUAGCUGCUGGUGGACAUCAUGCAUACGCUGCUUUGGCUCCAUAUGUUCAUUAUGCUGGAAUUCCAUAUGUACCAGCAGAUACACCUGAAGUUGCUGCUGCUAAAGCCGCUCACUAUGCUGCACAUGCCGCUGCCGGACAUCCACUUUACACCGUAGUCUCACCCUACGCUUAUGCUCCAGCUGUACCACAAGACACACCCGAAGUAGCUGCCGCCAAAGCUGCACAUGCCGCUGCUCAUGCUGCCCUUGCUCCACAUAAUGCUGCGCCAGCUGAAACACCCGAAGUAGCCGCUGCUAAAGCUGCACACUUAGCUGCUCAUGCUGCUGCCCGAGCUGGUGUUGUUGUAUCACCUGUAGUAUAUUAUGCUGAAGAAGGCCAAUACCUUGGUGAAGCUGCUUACGGUCAUGAUGGUCAAUACCGUAACGAAUAAAUACUCCGAUUGUUGCCAUAGCUGAAAUGUUUUUUGUUAAAUGUAUAUAUGUUUUUUAUGA